AUGCAGCUGCCGACCUCCGCUGACGAGCUCAACGACCUCAUCGAAAUCAUCGACAUCCCCGACUUUCUCAGACCAGCGCUAAAGGAACGACUCCAGCAGCCCGCCUACAACAACCAGCAUAUCGACGACGAGCACCUCUGCCACAUGAUCGCAGAUCACCACGCCACCAACUGGAUGACAGCCAAGAGCGCCAGGCACUACCAGCUGCCUCGGACCAGCACCCGACCUGGAGUGCCAUGCUCAGACGUAGCCUUCAACAUCCACUUCGCCAUCAUGCUGAGGGCGAUCGGCCAGGCAGUCCUAGAGGAAGAGGCCCGCGGCCAGCCGAUAGGUGGCCACGAGAUCGAGGCCUGCAGCGACCCACUCUUCUCGUCGACCCCUCACGACGGAAGCGCGCUCAGGAACGUGUCUUUCGUCGACGACCUCACAGACUGCAACUCUACCGCAAACGCCAGCGACCUGAUCAACACGACGACCCCGGCGGCUACUAGGCUCUGCUCAGCAGCGUUCCAGCACGGCCUGAAGCCACGCCCCGACAAGACCAAGGCCAUCCUCAUGCAUUACGGCGCGGGUGCUAAGAAGGAGAAACAGCGAGUCGCCAAGGAGGGCGCCACCUACCUCGAGCUGGACGGACUAUCGAUCAAGGUGCAGCUAGUAAUGCAGCAGAAAGCCCUUGGUACCAUCAUCGCGGCGGGCGGGGUCACGGGGCCUGAAAUAUGCUUAAAGGUUAAACGCGCACUCGGAGCAGCCCGGCCUCUCGAGAAGCAGAUCCUCCGCCGCAAGAAGCUCUCGGAGAAAGCCAAGGUGAAUUACGUCCACUCGUUCUCGACCUCCUCGGUGACAUGCAACCACCGCCUCUGGGGCGACUUGACUCAGAAGGACCUAAAGCACAUAGCCGCCAAGUGCAUGGGGCCAUGCCGCGUGGCAGCCUCGUUGCCCAAGACCAACUCACCCGUCCAGCACAUCUCCGAAGCCGAGGCGAUCGUCAAGACAGGAGUACCUGAAUUCAUCACCCACCAGACGACAGCACGAUUGCGAUACCUACCACGACUCCUGAACCACGCUCCGGCAGUUCUACUCCAGUUUCUCGACGGCGAGCGUCAACGAAAGGGCACCUGGAGCCGCCAGCUCAAGAAAGAUUUCGACUUCCUCCGGAAGUACCUUCCACGAGAAAGGUGGCCCAGCCAAACCCAGCACGACCGCGACGUCAUCAACUGGGCCCGACAGAAGCCGAAGCUCUUCACCAACGCUGUCAAGGCAGCGGUGAAGGCCCAGAUUCACCACAUUCGUGACCAGGCUCAGAACGCCAAGCUCCAAAAGGACAUUCAGAUGAUCCCCGCAGUAGCUCCAACAGACGAGUUCGACCACCGCGACGACACCAACAAUCAUAAGUACGUCUGCUACGCCUGCUGCCGCGUCGCUACCAGGCGAGGCAUGGCAGUCCAAAUGGGCAGGGAUCAUCCUGACCACGAGGACCCGCGCUUCUGGGCUACUGGCACCGCAUGCCGAUGCUGCCAGACCGAGCACCACGCGCUCCCGAGGCUCAUCAAGCACCUCUCGGUGGCCCACCGCUGUCGCAAAUCCUGGCACGCCUGGCACCUCCAGACGUUGGAGCCGCUGACGGAGCAGCAGAUAGCAGAGAACUUCAACGCCAUCGCCGAGAUCACAGACACCAGCAAGAAGCAAGGACGCCACCCAACCUUCAGCGACAAGCCAGUCCUCCCGUGCGAUGUCACGCCGCUGCCGCUCCUUGAGACGUCGCCCGUCGUACCGAAAGUACUCGCCAGACUCGAGUCCUGGCCAGGCAGCCCGCCCGCGAGUUCGCCUGCUGGACCAGCCGAGCGCCAAGGGGUCGUCUUCAUCACCGACCGCCCUCGACAGGCCGCCGACCUCCAGCAGAUCAUGGCCAACAGCGGGAUCACGUGCAUCAGCGGCUUGGACUACACCCAGAUCGCAAUCCACAACGACGGCCAGCCUCCAGAACCAAUGCCAGAACUUCGGCGAGUACAUCGAAGGAUCCUACACGGCGAGAUAGCGGCCAUCUACGUAGAGUUUCCACGACGGACCUGGUGCCGACACGACGCCAGCGACUUUCUGGGCAACAGAGCAAGUAGGCAGCGCACCCUUGAGGCACCCUGGGGACUGCCUGAAGUGUCCGGGACCAUCGCCGACGAGAUCUUCGCCGCCAACAACGUUGCCAGAGAGGUCUUGCGGAUGCUCUUCGCGGCGACCACAACCCACGUCCCCUUCGUCGCCGCCAUCGCGGCAGAGUCGACCUGCAGGCAGACUCCCGAAUACCAGCACAUCGCCAAUCAGACAACGGUUAACGAGACUUCGACACAGCACUAUGACCUCGGCGCCACACAGAUCCUCGACAACGGCACCCGCGACGACCUCCGCAACAGACUGACCACAGCAAACGCAGAGGAGAUCGAUUUUGCCAUCGCCGACCUGCUCGGCUGCAACAUAGUGGCUAGAUGGGGUGUCAGAACCGCAACCGCUGCGCCGACCAGCCAGAACCUGAACACCAUCGACGCGUACUACAUCGAACGGGAAGACGAAGUUCACGUGCUGAUGGGCUACGGCGCGCCCAGCGGCGGCGACAUCCGGAAGCUCACGAGCUUCGACAGGUCGGACACGGACCGGACCAAGAUGCUAAAGGAGGUGCUCAAGUCCGCCGCGAAGGCGGCGGCCGCGGAGGAGGGCGACCAGCUCCACGCCCCCACCCUCAGGCACGCCUCCAAGGCCCUGUCCGACAGGUCGUUCCUCGGCUCGAAGAAGCGGAGCGUGAGCCCUCGCGUGUCCGACAUGUCGCAGCAGCCAUUUCUCCUCGAAGGGGAGGCUAGCCAGCUGCAGUCCUCGGUCAUGGAGGACAUCGAGGGGGAGGAGGGCCGCCCAGAGGACGACAGCGACGGCCGCGCGGACGACCUGACGCCCAUCCUCAGGUUCAGCAGCUCGCGCAUCGGCGGGCUCUGCGCCAGGCUGCAGACCCCGGAGCUGCAGGUGAUGCCGGAGGUCCGCAGCGCGUCGCGGGCGCCCGCCGGCAGCGAGGUCUCGGCGGCGGGCCCAGGGGGGAAGGGGCGCCGCGCAGCGCGAGGCCAGGCGCGCUCUGCGGAGCGCCAUCCGCUCCGGGGGCGCGGGGGCGCUUCGCGCCCUGGACGGCGUAGCGCUGGCCGCCGAGGAGAGGCGCCGGUCGUGGAGCGCUCGAGGGCCGAGGAGGCCGCGGCCAAGUUCAUAAACGAUCACUCCAGGUUUGAUCAGCUGGAGGAGAGCUCUCCGAGCGGAUCGGCAAGAACUGCAGCUACCAGGACCGACCUCCGCGAGGCCUUCCCGCAGCGCGUGCACCACCACCCCGCGCUGCUCGCCCUCACGGACUCCCUGCUGGCAGACCCAGCCAAGUUCAGCCAGUCCAUCGCGCAGGCGCGGCGCGGCGAGCCCCUCUUCGUCAAAGCCUCCGCGCCGUCCGUCGGCGCCAGGCCGGCGAGGCUGCGCCAGCACGGCGGCGCCGAGCGCAGCCCCGCCCCGGCCGCCGCCGCCGGCACCCCCGCGGCCGCGGGCGGCUGCGGGCGCCCGCAGACGUCGGCCGCGGGGCCGAGGGCGUGGCCCGGGACCCGCCACGCGCCCCGGCCCGGCGACGUGCACCGCGCUGCCUCGGGCAUCCCGGGGGCCCGGCGCCGCUUCCAGGGCCCGCACCUCACGUCCCAGGCGCCCCGCAGCAAGACCCCGUCUGGGACCAGCGAGCGGUCGCGCCCGGCCAGCGUGGCCGGGGGCUGCCCGCCGCUGGAGCAGCUCGGCCCAGUGACGCCGCAGGCCGCGACCCGCGGCCGCGUGUUCGGCUCGCUGAGCUCGACCGCGCUCCUGGGCGGCACGCUCUGAGUCCUACGCCUCGUGCCGGGGCGGCCCCUAAGAUCAGGGGCAACGUGCCCAUGCCCCCUCGCAUUGUGGAGAACUCGCGGCGGGGCGGUGGGGCCGCUGUCUUCUGCAGCUUCCGGGGGCCUUCACCGGGCCCCGGGACCGCCGAAAAGCGACUCGGGAUGAAAAGGCGGUCCCGGGGAAAGGGUCCAGACCUCUGGCGGUCGCCGUCGUUGUGAAAACAUCACGACGUCGGAGAUCUUGCCCUUCGCCUCGUGUUGGGGCGUUUCCUGUGAGGCCAGGGCUGCGCCAGAAGGGGGUCCGGAAUCGCCAACAGCAGACAGAGUUCAAACGGUCGGCUCCAUCUGCGCUGCCAUCGCGAGGCGCAAAA